AAAACACACAACCUUGUGUACCAUAAUCACACUGCCAAAAGAUCAUUGAUUGCGAUUGGCGGAUCCGACGCUCCGACAAAUAUGGCUUUGAAGCGUGUUCUGGUGUAUGGUGGGAUGGGCAGUCUGGGUGCGGUAUGCGCCCGACACUUAAAGGAUAUGGGUUAUUGGGUCUGUUCCGUCGACUUGAAAGAGAAUUGCGUGGCGGACUGUAAUGUGCUGAUAAAUGAAUUUGAUUCCUUAUCAUCCCAACACAACGCCGUUCAUCAGAACGUAUCAGGACUUUUAGAAUGCUCUUCUUUAGAUGCCAUUUUGUGUGUCGCCGGUGGUUGGGCUGGUGGUAACACUGGCAGUAAAGAUUUCUCGACGAGUUGCGAAACUACUUGGAAGCAGUCCGUUUGGUCUUCCUGCAUCGCUUCCUCGCUCGCAUCCAAGUUUCUUAGCUCAGGGGGAUUGCUCGUUCUGACCGGUGCUGAGGCUGCGAUUCAAGCUACUCCUAGCAUGAUCGGUUAUGGCAUGGCCAAAGCUGCUGUUCAUCAUCUUACAGCAAGUCUGGCUGCUGAAGGCAGUGGUUUGCCAAACGGAUCACAUGUUGUGUGUAUUUUACCUAAAAUUUUGGACACUCCGAUGAAUCGGAAAUGGAUGCCCAAGGCUGAUCACUCCUCUUGGACUCCUUUGGACACGGUGGCUAAGCUACUUGUGAGUUGGAUCGAAGGGCAGAAUCGCCCCACAUCUGGAAGUCAAAUUCGACUGAUCACCAAAAAUGGCGAAACUGAAUUGAGUCCCAUUCCAUAGGAAGACACUUACUAUUGCCUACUCCACAGCAUCCAUUAUUUUCUAUACUUCACAUGUGCUUACGACUAGGCGCUGUCUUUCUUGAUUAUAUACACAAUACUUAUGGAUGAGGUAAUCAAUUUCUACUUUCAUUCGAUGAUUUGGAAGCUCCAAGGAAGCCUCUUGCGGAGCGCCUGUGUCGACAAGAAGGAACAACACUUUGACAGGACAAUCUGAUUUCAGUCAUUUCGUG